UCUUGUUUAGGCUGAAGAUAACUGGUGUAUUAAUUUAGGUGUCUGGUGUUGUGGUACAAUUUGUAAGGAAGAGAUGAAUUUUUCAAAAGUGAAGUUAUUUACAAUUAUUUUUGUCUUUGUUUAUUUUAAAGGUAUGAACAGUUUACCUUCGUGUCCAAUUGGAGAGUUUGCUUUGAAUAACCAGUGUGUGGAUUGCCACCCAAACUGUAUGGAAUGCAAUGGACAUGAACUAUUUAAUUGCACUCAGUGUGGAAUAGAUGAAGAUGGAUAUGUACGUUUUCUUCAUCAAGGUUACUGCAGACUUCACUGUCCUAGAGGAUUCUUUCAAGACAGAGGAAGAUACACCUGUGAAGCCUGCAUUCAUAACUGUGAGCUCUGUAUGGAUUCUGACAUGUGUUUGAAGUGCAAAGGAAAAUACAAACUUGAUAAUGGAGUAUGCCGAACAACACAAUGUAUAGACGGUAUGUGA